AUGAGAGUGUCUCAUAUAAAAAAUUAUCUUGACGAUCAAGUGUCGCAUAUGGAUUUUAUAUCAAGUGCUGUGAAUAACUUAACAAGUGUUGGUGUGUCUAAUGUGCCAUCACAUCGUAUUGAAACGCAAAAAACCGCCCUUCAAGAGGAAUGGAGUAAAUUUACAUUGAAAAAUGAUGCAAUUAAAAUUGCUGUCCGUCGAUUAACAUCGCGAGAUAAUGAAACCAUUCUUCGACGCUCUUAUUUUUCUGAAAAGCUUUUCAAUGACACACAAGAAGCAUAUCUUAAAGCUUUGGAAACUAUGAACUCGAUGCUUGAUCGCUUAAAAAAGGACUCACGUUCCCCUUCUGUUCAAUCAGGUUCACAAGUGUCAUCUUUUCCCUCAAGCGGACAUUCCGGUCCACGUUUACCUUAUUUAAAUUUACCGAGUUUUGAUGGUUCUCCCUCGGAAUGGCUACCUUUUAAAGAUUUGUUUGAUUCUAUGGUGUUAUUAAAUUUAUCUUUAUCACCCGUCUGGAAACUACACUAUUUGAAACAAUGUCUCAAAGGAACUGCAGCUCAUUUACUAAAAAAUACAACGUUAACAAAUGACAUUUUUCAAAAGGCAUGGGAUUCUUUAGUCGCUUUCUAUGAAAAUAAAAGAUUAUUAGUCAAUUCAGCUUUGCAUUCAUUCAUCACACUCAAAAGAAUGACAAAGGAAUCAUCUGUAGAAAUUGAAACUUUAUAUACUUCUGUCACGCAAAUUCAUCGUUCUUUAGAAACUCUCAGCAGACCAGUUGAUAAGCAGGAUGAUUUCUUCGUUUUUCUAACUGUGCAAAAACUGGAUUGCGACACAAUUAAUGCCUGGGAGCUGCAUUUAGGCUCUUCUCAAGACCCUGCGACGUGGAAAAAACUCGUUAAACUUUUACUCACUAGACUGUUAACUCUCAAAGCUGUAGAAAAAUCACGUAAACCUGCAAAUUCAUUAAGUUCACAACCUGCAAGAGUGAAUUUAGCAUCAGAGGAUCAACAGAACAAUACUCAGUGCUCUUUUUGUUCCGAAGAACAUUAUAUAGCUAAAUGUCCGGAAUACACGGGAAAAACUGUUCAAGACCGCACUGAAUUAGUAAGAAAGAAUAGACUAUGUUACAACUGUCUCGGAUCACAUCGUGUUGCUGAUUGCCGUUCGACAAGACGUUCAUCUGAUCAAGGAGAAGAACUCAAAGUCAGAGCUUUAGUUGAUCCAGGAUCUCAAAUUUCUUUUAUUUCCGAAAAACUUGUGCAAAGCUUGAAACUUCCGCGUCAAAAUACAUCUGUUCCGUUAAUGGGAAUUGGUGCUGUCAAGGCUGGUCGAACUCGAGGUAUUGUUUCGAUCAAUUUACGCCCUCACUUCGAAUCAUCGACGAAAUUACAAAUGAGAACAUAUAUUUUACCGAAAUUAACUGCUCGCUUCGCAUCUGCAAAAAUUAACAAUGUUCAAUGGACUCAUCUCAACGAUCUUCAACUUGCUGAUCCUGAUAUCACUUCGCCGAGCGAAAUUGAUAUAAUCAUUGGAGCUGAUUACUAUGGAUUAAUUUUGGAAGAAGGAAUUCGUCGUGGAUCUUCAUCGUCUCCAACUGCUCAAGCAACAAGUUUUGGUUGGAUUCUUUUUGGUCCAUCAAAUUCAUCACCAGCAAUAAUGCAUUCUGAAAGUCAUCACGUGUCACUCGACGAGGAGUUGUAUGAUCUGCUUUAA